AUGGUGGUGCCCGCGUCGACGCCUUCUGCGCCGCCAAGCAACGCCGCGCCGCCUCCCGGGUCCGAGACUCUGGAGGUGGGUGGCUGGCAGGUCGUCGUCACCGACGGGCACGCGGUGCUGCCCGAAGGCAUGACGCACCUGCCGGACGGGGCGUUCUUAAACCGCAUCUCUCUCGUCUCGGUCGCCUUCCCGCGCAGCCUCGUCUCCAUCGGCGAAGGCGCCUUCGCCUUCUGCUCCUCGCUCGUCUCUAUCGACCUCCCUGCCAGCCUUACCUCCAUCGGCGACAGCGCCUUCCAAGAUUGCUCCGCCCUCACCACCGCCGCCUUCCCCGCCGGCCUCACCUCCAUCGGCAGCCACGCCUUCGCCAGCUGCUCCGCCCUCUCCUCCGUCACCCUCCCCGCCGGCCUCACCUCCAUCGGCAACCUCGCCUUCCACGGCUGCUCCGCCCUCGCCUCCGUCACCUUCCCCGCCGGCCUCACCUCCAUCCGCAUGCACGCCUUCUGGGGCUGCUCCGCCCUGGUCUCCGUUAACUUCCCUGCCAGCCUCACCUCCAUUAGCGAUCACGCCUUCUUCCGCUGCUCCUCGCUCGCCCAUGUCACCUUCCCCGCCGGCCUCACCUCCAUCGGCAUCUACGCCUUCAACGGCUGCCCCUCCCUCGCCCGCGUCACCGUGCCAGACACCGCCACGAUCGGCGACGAGGCUUUCGAUUCUGAGACCACCGUCCUCCGCCUCCGGCCCGCAAGCAUGCGCGACCUGCAGCGCUGGUACGAGGCGGUGGACGGGGCUCUGGCCUACAAGCGCUGCCGCCCCCUCCUCUACGGCUGGCUAGAGCGGGCCCAGACCAGGCUCGGCUCUUACGGCCCGGACGGCGCGGCGCGCCAGCGCGACCGCGAGGAGUUCGAGGGCGACUUUGCGCACCUCGCGCUCCAUGCAGACUGA